UAGUCAUAUAUCCACUUCCUUUGAGAAACACAUGCAUGCAUAAAUAAUUCUCUUGAACACUUUCACAAAAUGUCUGUGUCUGAAGGGUCUUCUCCUUAUUUAUCACUGGAAACUGCCUCUAACUAUUCCUCCCACAAGAGUACUCCAACUACUCCAAGCAUUCAAUUGGUACCAAAAUCAGUCUCUGAGAGGCUUCUUGGGAAGUUCUUGGACUCGUCGCAGUUCGAUUUCGAUUACCAGCAGAGUGGAUUGUGGUCUCCUCCCCUAAGGAGAAGGGUGUUCUUGGUCUCCCCUGCUGGUAACAUUAUUUGCUCUGACGAGGAAUUGCUCAGAAAGCUCAACAACCCAAACAAGAACAAGACAACACAUAUAACUAAUUUGCUCCAAUGCCUUUUGGUGCUCUUGAAGCUGAAGGGCAAAUGCCAACCAUAAUUUGUCUAAGGAAUAUAAGAGAUUUACUUUUCAAUCACAUGUGCAUGUGAGGAUUGCUUUUUCCAACUUUUGGGGUCCAAUGCUAAUAUGGUAUUAUAUCAUCGAUCCAUCUUAA